AUGGAAGCGUAUUCUGAUGUAAAUGAAAACGGCAAGGGGGUUUCAUUUGAAGACCAUGACUCUGCUGUUGAAAUCACUAGCCAGUCAAUCAUCAAUUUUGAGCCAGCGACCUGCCAACAGGGUGAGAUCCUAGCCAAUGUGUCAGAACCGGCUCUACGGAAUAACUUAGUGGCAAUUUGUCACUCGACGCUUAAGAUUUUACAACCAGCGCAACAAAGUGGGCUCUUCCGUCUUGAAUUCCGCAAUGAUUCUGAGACCAAGCAGCCCAAGCUUCACGGAAUUGAACCUCAGCCACGCAUAUUCGCCCUGGAUGGAGUUGGUUUGGACGAUGCCUUGGUUCGCUCUACUGUCCCGGGUGGACAUGCGGCCCUUUUCAGCUUUUUAACUAUUCUGCAAGUAUCGGAUUACGGGGCACUCAAGGAGAAACAACAGAUGGCGGAGUUCUACGCCGACUACGCAGUUUACUACGAUGAGGAAAUGACCGAUGAAAUUGGUUAUUGCCGCCAUCAGCAAAUUAUGGCAUCUCAAUUCGACUGGACCGGUACCGUCUUGGACGUGGCAUGCGGCACUGGCGCUUUGGGCCGUUACCUUAGCGACGGUGAGCAAGAUUGCAAAAUUUUCGGCAUCGAUUUGAGCCUAGAGAUGACAAAUACAUCCUCUAUUCGCAAGUAUUACCAGUUGCCGAUCACGAUCGGAACUAUGCAAGCUGCCAUGAUGCAACCUGAAGAGUACGACCAUGUGGCUUGCUUCGGCGGUCUGGACUAUCUUGGAGAUGACGACUUCAGAAUCGUCUUGUCGCGCAUGUUUUCGGUGGCCCGCAAGUCAGUCUCAUUCAAUGUGGAACAACCGACUUCUGAAUACUGGGCAAAAAUGGCUGAGAAUCCUAGCAUUCCACCGUCCUACGAUCAUAGUAAGAAGCUGUGGGAUGACUUCCAAAUCCCGGUUGGUUGGGAACUGGUUUAUGAUAAACGUGAUAUGCUCUACCACGACAAUCAGCUGGAUUGUGACAUUGCAGGCUGUAUGGUCCGAUUGGAGAGAUUGUAA